AUGUCGUAUUUGGAAGGACACGAGCUUGGCGAAACUUGGGAAAGUGCCACCGCAGCAGCAUUCCUUACCGAGACAUUAAACGAGCAUCUGGAAAAUCGCAUCAAGUUUGGCCGAUUCGAGGAUUUUCAAGACAUGAGUAAGGUGAUGCAUGAGGCGGCGCUUUUCUGCCCUGCAACUACGAAUUACAGCCCGCACAAGGCAAAAGAGCCAAUCGCGAUGAAGUACAUAGUACAAACGCGUCUCUGCGCGGCUACUUCAAUUCGGCAAUACCAUGCCCUUCGCGAUGCAAUUGUCCAAUUAAAAAACUUCAUUUUCUGUUCGUUGUCAGCAAAUCCGAAGGGCAGACGUUUGUCGUCGUAUCUACGGGGAUACGUCCAGCGACAAUGCCAGCGUGACUCAAAGCUCCGUUCAGCGGAGUUAUGA